CCCCCCUCCCACCAGGCUACCGACCACAAAUCUCAGCUUAGCCUCCUCAAUACUUCUUCAAUCACCUACACCCGCUCACUUGACUAUUGUGACUGCUGCGCAAGAAGAUGGAAGUCGCCGAGAGUACAGAGCCCGUGGCGGUGGGUGCGCCACCUGGGGUGGACACCACCAUCGCCAAUGGGGAACAGAGCCUUCUCCUAGACGAUUCGAUGAUGGGUGACGACCGAUCGAGUAGUCUUAGUGAGAUUGAUGAUGUGUCCGAAAAUAUACCAUCCGAUUAUGAGUCUCCCAAGCCUGAGAGGGUGGCCCCAGAAAAUGACUCGGAAGCGGAAACAGAGCGCAUCGAGGACUCCCCAAACUUCCGUGCCAAAACAAACAUUGUCGUGAGUGCAGCUGCUUAUGAGCCAAGCCCCAGCAAAUUGGCCCAAUCGACGACGUAUGAUGAUGUCGAAGAUGAAGAAGAACAUGCUGCAGACGAUUCACCCAGCAAGCCUCGCGCCAGAAUCAACCGCAUCAAUGACGUGGUUGAUGAGACUUCUGGGCGCGAGGGCUCAACGCUAUCAAUAGAAGGCACUGGCAAAAAACGCAAGCGCUUGGAGUCCGGCGACGAGCUGGGUACCGAAAUUGACGAAGAUGACUUACCGUCACAGAAACGUCGCGGCUCAAUGAAGAGUGAUUUGAGCGACCCACCUCCAGACGAUAUCGCCCUAAGCCCCGAGCCCAUGGAAGACCCGUCUAAAACCAUUGAAGAGGAUACACCGGCAGAUGAGACGCCCGAGUUAACCUCGCACACAGUCCCCGCGAAAGGUAAAAGGGCAAAGAAGGGCAAGCGGAAAGGACGGAAAGCUAGAGAUGCAGAUGACGAUAUGGAUAACGGCAUCGGUGACAUGGGCGCGGAAGUCGAUGACAAUCUCGCGGAAGACGACACCGCUGAGCGCGGUGAAGAUGUGGACGACAGUGAAGCUGCUGCUAAAAUUGAAGAAGAGUCGAAACGAAUGGCUGCCAUGGAUUCAUUAGCUGUAUUAGAAAGAGAAUUCGCAACGCUGCGUGACAAAAUAUACGACGAGAGAAUCUCCAAACUGAAUCGGGAACUCGAAAUGUUGAAUGGUCCGAAUCCAACGCACCCUGAAUUCCUGCGACAGCUCGACUGCCUCGCCCGCUACAGAGACUCAAAGAUCAAAUAUGAGCACACGCUAUUCCAGUACCGAAUACAGGCUCUGCUGAACAAGAGUUUGGCUGAACGAGCGCAAGCACACAGCACAUAUUUCCAGCGGACUCGGGAUAUUCGCGAGAAGAAUUCUAGUGCGAUCAGCAAACAAUUCUACUCUAUACAGCACGAUCGAUUCAAGACGGACGACGUCAGUCCACAGCAUUAUAUUCCUUUCCCGACGCGUCGCUCACAACAAAUCGCGCAUCAAACAGCGUAUAAUCAAGAGGUCUCGAUCAUGGCCGGAGUCGCAAAAUACGUUGGAUUUCCUGCGGCGCCUUCGCUGUCCGCGGCGCGACCUUCCGAGCUGGAAGAUGACCUUGAGAAAAUGGGCAUAUCUAUCGAAACAAAACCCCCACUUGCUCAACAGCAACCUACCUUACCCCGGGGAACUAUGCCAGCCAUGUCAUCGAGCGUCUUCCGUACAUCAGCAGAGGAGGCUUUCUUGGAGCAGACACCAUGGGCCAACCCUCAACAUCCCGUCCAUCAACACCAACCAUUUUCACAAAGACCCAAGAACCGAGUUUACGAGAAUCCCCGGGCCCCUGCAUACACUACCCCUGCUGCUCAGAAACGAGUGGUUGAUAUCCACGCACCCAACGGCUCAGCCUCCACCAUCGCGGAAAAUUCAUCAGCCAAUAACACCCCGUUCGAUCAAGAACAAGCUCCUCCAAAUCUUGGCCAUUUCGUCAACCCCGAUUAUGAUGCAGACCGGAGGUCUGGAUUUCGAUCUCUAAGCUCCUCCCCGCUCGACGUGCGAAAACCACAUCCCGCCUCCUACAGCGCUUUUGACCACCGCUCCCCUCAAGGCACCUCUCAGCAUGCUGCUUACUCUCCCCCAUCGGCCCGCCUGGGCCUUUUUCAAUCGGCCUCGUCCAAACGAGAGCCAUCUCCUUCUCUCUCCUCCCGGCCUGCCAACUCCUUACAUCAAUCGGCUGGCAUCCUAGGCGGCCCCGGCUCCAAUCAGAUGGUCGCUCGAUAGAACAAUACCUGUAUAAGGCAUGCAAUCACCUCACAGUAACGGCAAACGGGUUCGCAUUAGGGCUGGGCAUUUUCUGCGAUGUAUAGGGGUUUUCUUUUAGGGUGUUCUAGAGAGUUCUUUUCCCCCCCCUCAUGUAUGUACGGAUACGGGAUGUAUGACUGGAA